AUGGACAAGCUCGACACGCCCGGACCGCAUGGCCCUACAUCGUUCCUGUACGCCAUCUGGAUGGACUCCUCGUCCUCGGAGCUUUCGCGCGCGGGACAGCAUGAUGCGCACGAAAUGUUUAUUAGUGCGCUGAAUGGGAUUCAUUCCGCACUUACCGCCCACGCCCACGACCGCGUCAAGUUGCCAAUGAGCCCCUGGGACGAUGCGUCUACGCUUGCGCAGCUGAGCGAGCAUGCAGAGACGCCGAGUGUCGGUCAACCGCGCGCGCCAGACCAUGACGCGUCUUGCCCUUGUGUCGUACACCGCACGUUUGGGGGGCGCCUGCAGAGCAGCGUGACGUGCCCAACGUGCAAGCGCGUCACACACACACGCGAGCCCUUCCUGGACCUGAGUCUCGAGGCGCGCGCCGAUACGCCUGCCGAGGGCCGCAAGAAGAAGGAAAUGGGCAAGAAGCGUGAUAAGGCGACGCCUGUGCCGGACGCGGCAACGGAUACGCUGCAACGCUGUCUCGUGAGCUACUGUGCACCAGAGCAGCUGCCGGAGGCCACGUACCGGUGCAGCUACUGUCAGCAGAGUGGCAGGGCGAUCAAGCAGCUCAAGCUGCACACGCUGCCGCCAGUACUCUGCAUGCAGCUCAAGCGGUACGAACAUGCGCUGGGUGGUGCCAAGAUGGACAUCAAGGUGCGCUUUCCCCUGACGCUAGAUGUACGUGACUGCUGCGUGCCGCGCAGCGGCGACGAAGAGGUCACAGACCCGAUGGCGUACGCGUAUGACCUCUUCACCGUGGUCGUGCACGAAGGCUCGCUCCAUUCAGGCCACUAUACCAACUUUUCAAAGUGGCACAGCCGCUGGUACCGCUUUGACGACGACAAGGUAACGCCGGCCAGUGUCGCACAGGUCCUCGAUGCCAAGGCAUACCAGCUGUUUUACUUGCGCCGGCGCCUCUGGACACAUUCGAGCCAUGGCAUUCAUGUGGAGCGAAUGCAAAAUGCCUAG